AUGGAUCACCCACCACCGCACAGUAGCCUGCUGGCAACGAUGGCACAAGCAAUGCGACACCUUAAUGCCACACUCACGACAGCAAACAGCAACGGUAGUGGUGGUGCCCACCAGUACCACCCACCGAUCGCGACCAUCGUGGGGCUGCCGGCACUACACGAAACGGUGCCCUUUCGCAACGACACGAGCUUCAUUCACCCGCAGGACGACACCGAAGACGACGGUACGGAAACGAUCUCGAUGGACAAUCUCUAUCCAGCGCUUAUCCAGUGUUUUGCCAUCAUUAUCUGUGGAUACCUAGCGGGGCGAUUGAACAUCAUCAGCAACUUUGAAGCGAAGGGUCUCAACACUUUCGUCGGUACGUUUGCACUACCGUCCGUCAUUUUCCUGUCGCUAGCGGAACUAAACUGGAGCACGGUUAACUGGAACUUUCUGCUUUCGAUACUGAUCGCAAAGACGAUCGUGUUCUUAGCGGUGGCCAUUAUUUCGCUACUGGUAGCACGUCCCGUCAACUAUGGCCGGGCAGGGCUGUUGGCGAUCUUCUGCACCCAGAGCAAUGAUUUCGCGAUCGGAUAUCCAAUCGUAUCGGCGCUGUACUCGAAAAUUCAUCCCGAGUAUGCUUCGUACAUCUAUCUGCUUGCACCGAUCUCGCUGGCCAUCCUCAACCCGAUCGGGUACGUGUUAAUGGAAAUCUCCAAAAUUAAGGACAAAAAUGCAGAAAAUAAUGCAGCGGCAAAUGAAGAAGCAAAUCCACCACCACCACCACCCACUACUUGCCCCCAAUUAGCUGCGGAAAAUCGACGAAAAAUUCUAAAAGGCAAAGCGCUGGUAGUGAUCAAAACCGUCGAAUCUAUUUUCUUCAACCCGAUCCUCCUCAUGACGCUGUUGGGUGUGAUCGGUGGCCAAAUCUUUCCCAACGGGCUCCCAGUCUACCUUUCGAGUGUGUUACGCUCGCUGGGUAACUCGUUCUCGGCCACCGCACUGUUUCUGCUUGGGUUACGUAUGGUCGGCAAAGCAUCCACCCUGCAAGGACCGGGGCUAAUCCUGCCCGGCAUAUUGAUCCUCGUGAAGCUGCUCGUGUUUCCGCUUGUGACGCGCCAAACGGUGAACAUCAUGAACGCUGGAGCAAACUUUAGCGAAACGACCGAUCUGAGCACGUUCGGCUUUCUGUACGGUACGUUUCCUGCAGCACCGGGCGUGUUCGUGAUUGCUUCACAGUACAAUCGGGAUGUGGAUUUGAUUGCAAGCAGCAUGGUAGCAUCGACGUUCAUCAGUGCACCGUUAAUGUUCAUCUCGGCUAAAAUGAUCACCAUCACCAACCUUACGCCGGCGGACUAUCUGAACGAGCUGGACAAGUUUUCGUUCGACAUCAGCAUUGUCGCUAUCAUUGCGGGCGUUUGGACGCUGGCACUGUUUGCGCUGACGCGCAAAGUGAAGCGAAUGCCGCACCGUAUCACGUGCUGUUUGCUGGUGUCGCAGCUAAUCUGUAACGUUGGGGUCAUACUGUGGUCUACGCUGGAACAAAACAGCCGCUGGAAGAUGUAUUUGCAGUUUUACUUCUUCACGAUCGGUUGCUACAGUAGCCGACUGUGGACGGCUUUUCUUGCGAUCACGAUACUGUUCCUGCAGUGUCGGAGUCUCUGUUUUGUGCUUAAGCUGUGGCCAGUAUUUAUUGCUGCAGCUUGGGGUUUGCCGACGUGUAUCGUUUCACUUCUUCUCUUUCUGGACAGCAAAAACAUUCUCCCAACGGAAAAACGCAAUCCAAGCUUUCAGUACGGCAAUGCACAGGCCGCCAUUGCCGUGUUUUUGUUGGUAAUGUGCUUCAUAGUAACCGUGGGCUGUCUGAUACUGCAUCAACGGUUUAAGAAGCGGCACGAACGAUACCUUACCCUUUCGCGGGAAGUUUCAUCUCCGGACACCGACACUAGCCCAGUUACUACGAGCUCCGUGGUGAAUCUAUUGGCCGGUAAUGGUGGUGGAAAUUCUACAAUUCAUCAACGCAGACGCCACUCGGUUACGUCGAGUGAUGAUGAAAUCCUUCCAGCAGGGGCCAUAUCAUCUGCCCGAUGUAAUACUGCUGCAGCGGUAGGUAAUGGUGGAUGUGGCGAUGCCAAAGGUGCUGGAGCAGGUGGAUGUUGCAGUAGUUCAUCCACUACGAUACGUACCGUGGUGGACAUUGAGGAUCUUGCGAUCGGUGCCAGUAUUAACAAUGAUGUCAACGAACCCGGUUCGCCAACGAUUCAGCCGAGCGGUAUGUGUUCGGCACAGUUCAAUUGUCCGACAGCCGGUAAGCAGCAGUGCCAAUCGUUGAUCGAUCGCUACCGGGAACAAGCAAACGAUGGGCUGGAACCUCUCGAGUACGACAAGACGGGUGAUCAGCAACAGAUCCUGCGGCACAUGGUGCUACUAAUACUGCUGCUCUGCUCAAUGUUCGUUGGCCUUUCGCUAUCCGUCUGGACACUGAUCAUGGAGGGUAUGUCGGGCAUUUACGUGGAGCUAACGUUCCUGGACGCGUUCCUCAACUUCGGCCAGAGCAUUAUCGUGCUGGCAGUAUUUAUAACGGACACGGGCGAGUUGCUGCUGCCGAUGAUGAAGUUCUGGCGCAAGGUGUGGUACGGUGCCAACCUACUGCAGCUACCGAUCUGGAGCGAUCUCAGUACGGAAACGCGCCACAUUUGCGAUCAGUUUACGACACACCAUUUGGAGAUCUGUCGCAAGGCGAUAGCGAAGGAUAUACGCUGGCGCAUCAAAGUCUAUCGGCGGGUGUUCUACGGAAGCGCCUUUGUCGACUGGUUGCUGGAGGUCGGUCUGGCCAAGGAUCGUACCGAUGCAACACACUACGCCCGCCGGCUGAUUGAUGGACGUGUCCUGCGGCACAUCAACAAUGUGUACCACUUUCACGAUCGCAAUCUGCUCUACACGUUCUGUGAACGGCUGUAAA